AUAUGGCAGCAAGUUUGAGGCAUAUUAAAUCUUUCCAACUUUUCAGUUCAAUUCGUAUAUAUGUAAACUGAGAGCUUUUGAAUCGUUUACGAACUAAAACUUUUAAACACCUAAUUUUGUUUGUUUUUAUUGUGCUGGUAGCUAUUCUGCGGUCCAUUUGAAAAACUUAUCCAUAAAUGAGAAAAUGAUGACUAGAAAGAUUUUCCAGGAAUUGCAACAAUCAACAGUGAAUGUCAGAGGAUCAACUAAAAUGAAAGAAGGAGAAAAUAUGAACAAGGAAGCUGUUGAUACUAAUGAAAAUAUUAAAAGUAAAAAGUUGAGCACUGUUCCUGCUAAGCAUUCCAAGCGUAAAAAUGUUGGAAGGGAAAAUAAAACUAAAAAACUGCCCAAGGCAGUAACCAAGAAGGAAGCAGUAUCUAAAGCUAAAGCUUGUACUCAGAAAGAGGAUUUGCAAGCAACAGUGACGCUCAAUCAGUCUAGGCUUGAAACUUACCUUUAUUCUUGUGCUAGCACCAGUGAUAUAUCAAAUGAUUCGGCUGCUCAAGAUUUGGGUAACUGCACUACUAUGAAUAAAAGCAUUUCAGAGGACAUUCAGCUCUUAACUUCUGAAAAGCCAAGUCAAGCAUAUUGGCAGGAAAUAGCUGAACAAAGAAGAAUCGCUCAUGAAAAAACUGUUUUAGAAAAUGAGAUGCUUGCCGAUGAAAUCAAUGUACUGCAAGCUGAGAACAUGCAGCUUAAAAGUGCACUUGAAGCUGCCGAAAUAUUGCUUAAACAUGCAGGACUGCUGGAUGAGUGAAGACUUGAAGUUCCUUGAUUUUCUUUCUGCGAUUGCAAUUAACGCGAAGCAUGCACCGGUUGUAUAAAAUUUGUUGCCUCUCUCUCGGGACAUCCGUUCAUUUUUCUUCAACUCAUUUUUUUCCCUAUUGCCAGAACAGCUGAUUUAAGCCACAUUUCAUAAAUGUUGUAUAACUCUUGGAUAUAGAUUUUAUUAAAAGUAUUUUAUUUAA